AUGGGUCCUCACUCUGAGAACAAGGUUCCUCACUUUGAUGACAAGUUUCCUCACUCUGAGGACAAGGUUCGUCACUCUAAGGACAAGGUUCCUCACUCAGAGGAAAAGGUUCCUCCCUCGGAGGACAAGGCUCCUCACUCUGAGGACAAGGUUCCUUACUCUGAGGACAAGGUUCCUAACUCUGAUGACAAGGUUCCCCACACUGAGGACAAGGUUCCACACUGUGAGGACAAGGUUCCUCACACUGAGGAGAAGGUUCCUCACACUGUGGACAAGGUUCCUCGCGCUGAGGACAAGGUUCCUCACUCUGAGGACAAGGUUCCUCACUCUGAGGACAAGGUUCCUCAUUCUGUAGGCAAGGUUCCUCACUCUGAGGACAAGGCUCCAGACACUGACGAAAAGGUUCCUCACUCUGAGAACAAGUUUCGUCACUCUGAGGACAAGGUUCCUCACUCUGAGGACAAGGUUCCUCACCCUGAGGGCAAGGUUCCUCACUCUGGUGACAAGGUUUCUCACUCUGAGGCCAAGGUUCCUCACUCUGAGGACAAGGUUCCUCACACUGAGGAAAAGGUUCCUCACUCUGAAAACAACUUUCCUCACUCUGAGGACAGAGUUCCUCACUCUGAAGACAAGGUUCCUCACUCUGAUCACAAGGUUCCUCACUCUGAGGACAACGUCCCCACUCUGAGGACAAGGUUCCUCACUCUGGUUACAAGGUUUCUCACUUUGGGGACAAGGUUUGUCACUCCGAGGACAAGGUUCCCCAUUCUGAGGACAAGGUUCCUCAAUCUGAGGGCCAGGUUCAUCACACCGGCGAAAAGGUUCCUCACUCUGAGAACAAGUUUCGUCACUCUGAAGACAAGGUUCCUCACUCGGAGGAGAAGGUAACUCACUCUGAGGACAUGGUUCCUCACUCUGAGGACAAGGUUCCUCACUCUGAGGACUAGGUUUCUCACUCUGUUGACAAGGUUCCUCACUCUAAGGACAAGGUUCCUCACUCUGGUGACAAGGUUUCUCACUCUGAGGUCAAGGGUCCUCACUCUGAGGACAAGGUUCCUCUCACUGAGGAAAAGGCUCCUCACUCUGAAAACAAGUUUCCUCACUCUGAGGACAAAGUUCCUCACUCUGAAGACAAGGUUCCUCACUCUGAUCACAAGGUUCCUCACUCUGAGGACAACGUUCCCCACUCUGAGGACAAGGUUCCUCACUCUGAGGACAAGGUUCCUCACUCUGAGGACAAGGUUCCUCACCCUGAAGGCAAGGUUCCUCACUCUGGUCACAAGGUUUCUCACUCUGAGGCCAAGGUUCUCACUCUGAGGACAAGGUUCCUCACACUGAGGAAAAGGUUCCUCACUCUGAAAACAACUUUCCUCACUCUGAGGACAAAGUUCCUCACUCUGAAGGCAAGGUUCCUCACUCUGAUCACAAGGUUCCUCACUCUGAGGACAACGUUCCCCACUGUGAGGACAAGGUUCCUCACUCUGGUUACAAGGUUUCUCACUUUGGGGACAAGGUUCGUCACUCCGAGGACAAGGUUCCUCAUUCUGAGGACAAGGUUCCUCAAUCUGAGGGCCAGGUUCAUCACACCGGCGAAAAGGUUCCUCACUCUGAGAACAAGUUUCGUCACUCUGAAGACAAGGUUCCUCACUCGGAGGAGAAGGUAACUCACUCUGAGGACAUGGUUCCUCACUCUGAGGACAAGGUUCCUCACUCUGAGGACUAGGUUCCUCACUCUGUUGACAAGGUUCCUCACUCUAAGGACAAGGUUCCUCACUCUGGUGACAAGGUUUCUCACUCUGAGGCCAAGGUUCCUCACUCUGAGGACAAGGUUCCUCACACUGAGGAAAAGGCUCCUCACUCUGAAAACAAGUUUCUUCACUCUGAGGACAAAGUUCCUCACUCUGAAGACAAGGUUCCUCACUCUGAUCACAAGGUUCCUCACUCUGAGGACAACGUUCCCCACUCUGAGGACAAGGUUCCUCACUCUGAGGACAAGGUUCCUCACUCUGAGGACAAGGUUCCUCACUCUGAGGGCAAGUUUCCUCACUCUGAGAUCAAGCUUCCUCACUCUGAAGGCAAGGUUCCUCACGCUGAGGACAAGGCUCCAAACACUGACGAAACGGUUCCUCACUCUGAGAACAAGUUUCGUCACUCUGAGGACAAGGUUCCUCACUCUGAGGACAAGGUUCCUCACACUGAGGACAAGGUUCCUCACUCUGCGAUCAAGGUUCCUCACACUGAGGACAAGGUUUCUCACUCUGAGAACAAGUUUCCUAACUCUGAGGACAAGGUUCCUAACCCUGAGGACAAGGUUCCUCACUCUGAUGAGAAGGUUCCUCACCCUGACGACAAGUUUCGUGACUCUGAGGUCAAGGUUCCUCACUCUGAGGACAAGAUUCGUCACUCUAAGGACAAGGUUCCUCACUCUGAGGACAAAGUUCCUCACUCUGAGGACAAGUUUCCUCACUCUGAAGACAAGGUUCCUCACUCUGAAGACAAGGUUCCUCACUCUGAGGACAAGGUUCCUUACUCUGAUGAGAAGGUUCCUCACUCUGAGGACAAGUUUCGUAACUCUGAGGUCAAGGUUCCUCACUCUGAGGAGAAGGUUUCUCACACUGACGAAAAGGUUCCUCAUUCUGAGAACAAGAUUCGUCACUCUGAGGACAAGGUUCCUCUCUCUGAGGACAAAGGUCCUCACUCUGAGAACAAGGUUCCUCACACUGAAGACAAGGGUCCUCACUCUGAGGACAAGGAUCCUCACACUGAGGACAGGGUUCCUCACUCUGAGAACAAGGUUCCUCACUCUGCGGACAAGUUUCUUCACUCUGAGGACAAGGAUCCUCACACUGACGAAAAGGUUCCUCACUCUGAGAACAAGUUUCGUUACUCUGCGGACAAAGGUUCCUCACUCUGAGGACAAGGUCCUCUCUCUGAGGGCAAGGUUCGUCACUCUGAGGACAAGGUUCCUCACUCUAGUGACAAGGUUCCUCACUCUGAGGACAAGGUUCCUCACUCUGAGGACAAGGUACCCCACUCUGAGGACAAGGUUCCUCACUCUGAGGACAAGGUUCCUCUCACCGACGAAAAGGUUCCUCACUCUCAGAAGAAGUUUUGUCACUCGGAAGAUAAGGUUCCUCACACGGAUGACAAGGUAACUCAGUCUGAGGACAAAAUUCCUCACUCUGAGAAAAUGGCUCCUGACUCACACUGAGGACAAGGCUCUUCACUCUGAGGACAAGGCUCCUCACUCUGAGAACAAGGUUCCUCACUCUGAGGAGAAGGUUCCUCACUCUGAGGACAAGGUUCCUCACACUUACGACAAGGUUCCUCACUCUGAGGACAAGGUUGCUCACUCUGAGGACAAGGUUGCUCAGUCUGAGGACAAGGUCGCUCUCUCUGAGGACAAGGUUUCUCACUUUGAGGACAAGAUUCCUCUGUCUGGAGACAAGUUUCCUCAAUCUGAGUACAAGGUUCCUCACUCUGAAGGCAGGUUCCUCUCUCUGAGGACAAGGUUCCUCACUAUGAGGACAAAGUUCCUCUAUCUGAGAACAAGGUUCCACACACUGAGGCAAGAUUCCUCAUUCUUAGGACAAGAUUGCUCACUCUGA